UCUAUUGACGUAGAGAUUGGGAGGGGGUGGGGUGAGAGAGAGACUGAAUUCCCGUUCCAAUAUUCCAUUGAACAGUACUACUCUAUUUGUUUUCUCGAAUUCCAACCAUUCCCUGCAAAUCCACCAUUAUAUCACUGCAACUUCCCCCUUUUCAUUCUCCAUUAUAAACAUAAGGAAAACGGACACCUCUCUCUUUCUCUUUUUCUUUCUUUCUCUCUCUCAGGAAAGCUCUCUGAUCCCUCUGCAUCCUUAAAUACUCAACUUCCCCUUUUCACUAACUUUUCCUUCAAAGCUUCGUCCCCAGAACACUCUGUUACCUUCUUUUUCCUGCAUUUUUUUUUUUUAUCUGACUACGAGUCUCUGCAAUUUCCUUACCUCUAUGUAUGCAUUUCUUCUUGUUUCCUAUCAACCCUAGAGGCAUCCCUACUAAAAAGCCUGUCUUCUCUCUCUGUCUAGGUCUCUCUCUCUGCCCCCCCUCUCUCUCUCUCUCUCUCAACACCCAUGCAGUGCAAAUCAUAAGCCACUCAUGAUAUAAUCACUAGUCACAAUUCAAAACUCAAAAAGCCAUUCCUUUUCACCUCUUCUCAUAUCCCUCAGAGUUUCAUCCCAUUUCUUUCUUUCUAUCUUUUCUUUUCCUUCUUUGUCUUCAGCCUCUAUGUAUCCCUAGUGGAGUUGAUUCAUCCUUCACUUCUUCUUUGAUUAGAAACCCAGUGGGUCUUUGACUAGACUACUUCCCCACGAUUCUUAUGUUCUUUAGCUCAAACCCUAUAAUGGGAACCACAUCACCCUUGCCUGAUCUCUCCUUGCAGAUCAGCCCCCCAUCCAUUUCAGAUUGUGAGGUGAAGGAAGUGGGCUAUGACGGUUUCAUGAAGAAAUCAUUCUACAGUGACAGGAGCUCAGCCACUGAUUCCGGAAGCAGCGGAAGUGACUUAAGCCAUGAAAACGGAUUCUUCAGCCCAGAGAGUGGUUUUACUCGUGGACCUGUUGAGCCCAUGUUGAGCUUAGGUUUAGAGAUGGCAGCUCUAAAUCCUCCACCCCUAGAACUACCAAGAAACCUUCAUCAUAACCACCACAACCACCAACCUCAAAUCUACGGGCGUGAGUUCAAGAGAAAUUCAAGAAUGAUGAAUGGCAGCAAAAGAAGCAUCAGAGCUCCUAGAAUGAGAUGGACUACAACCCUCCAUGCCCAUUUCGUACAUGCAGUCCAGCUUCUUGGCGGCCAUGAGAGAGCAACACCAAAAUCAGUCUUAGAGUUGAUGAAUGUGAAAGAUCUAACUUUAGCUCACGUGAAGAGUCACUUGCAGAUGUAUAGAACAGUGAAGAGCACUGACAAAGGAACAGCAAGAGCGAUGGCUCUCUGCAUUGCAGGUCAAGGGCAAACAGAUAUGGGUUUGAACCAAAGGACAGGGAUCGGUCAAGUGGCGCUAGGAGGAUUAUCUUGUGAUAAAGCUGAUGCCACCCCUUCUUUUUCUUCCAAUACACCUCAACCUUCAACACCGCAAAAAAUCUCACGAUCUUCGUGGUCAUUAUCAAUGGAGACAAACGAUGAAGGCCGCCUCAGUCAUGAAAAUGGGCUAAAAUAUUCUCAUCUCAUGGCAAAUGACACCAAGAUGGAAGGACAUAAGGUUGCCCUCCAUGUGGCUGAAGGAGCAAAAGAGAGGGUGGAUUCUAGCGCCUUGUCACCGUCGGAUAUGUUGCUUAAUCUCGAGUUCACCCUUGGAAGACCAAGUUGGCAAAUAGACUACGCGGAUCAAUCUCCGAAUGAGCUAGCUCUUCUCAAGUGUUAAGUAUUAUGAAUUUCAUAGAUAAUGUGUUUUCAGAGAGAGAGAAAAUCUCUAGUAUGCAUGAAAUCUGUUCUCGAAAUUUUGUCCUGAGUAAGUAAAAAAAGGGGAAAAAGAGAAGGGAAUUCAUUAAUGGCCAUAACCCUCUCAUUUGAAUCAUUCCUAGGAGUGUAAGAGUUCCAAGGCAUCCUUAACCCAUUGGUCCAAUAUUUCCUCCUAGGCUCGAACGGACCUAAGGGUCAUGGCAAUUAAUUUUUUCAUGGUCAGUACUGGGGCCAUGGGGCACCUAUCAAUGGGAACCCGGUGUGAAGUAUUUGUGGCUGCGUCUUGUCAAUCAUUUUUCCCUUGGUUUGAAAGUCAAGCUGGUAUUUAUAUCA